AUGGGAUGUGCGGUUAGCACGAAUGGCGAAAAAGAAGCCAUUGAAAGAUCUAAAAAAAUUGACAAAGACUUAAAAGCCGAUGGAGAAAGGGCUGCUUGGGAAGUUAAAUUAUUACUACUGGGAGCUGGAGAGUCUGGGAAAAGCACAAUUGUUAAGCAAAUGAAAAUAAUACACGAGUUUGGAUAUUCACCUGAAGAAUGCGAACAAUACAGACCGGUUGUAUACAGUAACACAAUUCAAAGUUUGAUGGCAAUCAUUAGAGCGAUGGGUCAAUUAAGAAUACCUUUUGCUGAUCCCAGCAGAGCAGACAGUGCGAGGCAAUUUUUCACAUUGGCAAGCGCAGCGGAAGAAGGCGAACUCACGCCGGAACUUGUGAUAUUGAUGAAAAAACUUUGGCAAGAUGCCGGAGUCCAACAUUGUUUUUCAAGAUCCCGAGAAUAUCAGUUAAACGAUUCAGCAGCUUAUUAUUUAAAUUCGUUAGAUAAAAUAUCUUUGCCAAAUUACGUACCGAGUCAGCAAGAUGUUUUGAGGACGAGAGUUAAAACGACGGGAAUAGUCGAAACACAUUUCACAUUUAAAAAUUUACGAUUUAGAAUGUUCGACGUGGGAGGUCAGAGAUCGGAAAGGAAAAAAUGGAUUCACUGUUUCGAAGGCGUGAACGCCAUCAUAUUUUGCGUUGCACUUUCCGGCUACGAUUUAGUUUUAGCAGAAGACGAAGAAAUGAAUAGAAUGAUCGAAUCUAUGAAAUUAUUCGAUUCGAUAUGCAACAGCAAAUGGUUCGUCGAAACGUCUAUAAUAUUGUUCCUUAAUAAAAAAGAUCUUUUCGAAGAGAAAAUCGUGAGGAGUCCGCUCACCAUUUGCUUUCCAGAAUACACAGGGAACAACACGUACGAAGAAGCGGCAGCUUACAUUCAAAUGAAAUUUGAAAAUUUAAACAGGAGAAAAGAUCAGAAAGAAAUUUACACUCAUUUCACUUGUGCCACGGACACGAACAACAUACAAUUUGUUUUUGACGAUGUAACCGAUGUUAUUAUAACAAACAAUUUAAAAGAUGCCGGAUUGUUUUGA